UCAUUAUCAUCAUCAUCAUCAUCACCUAAAUUUCAUUGUUAUCAAUACAUAUCGAAAUUCUGUAGAUUUCUUUUUUGAUAUUUAUUAUGUUUGAUGAUUCGAUGAGAACCGAUGAUCAACCGCCAACAAAAUGGCAGCAAUCUGAUUCAAUCAUACACGAUCCUUUGUUCGAUAUAAUCAUUAAUCAUAAUCAACAAAGUAAUAAUCCAAAUAAUGAUGAUAAUUAUCAAAAUUAUGAUGAAACAUCAUCAUUAUCAUCCACUAUAGAACCAUAUGAUUUUUUAUUCAUUUAUCAUCCAAAUCAAUCGGAUCUAAAUCUAAUACCAUUAGUAUCAUCAUCAUCAUCAUCAUCCUCAUCAUCAUUUUAUGAUGUUACUUCGAUGGCGAAUAGUGGCACAACAUUGAGCACACCGUUAUUAAUAACAUUAUCAAUUAUAUUGAUUUUUCUAAUAUUGGCUACAAUAAUUGGAAAUGUAUUCGUGAUAUCGGCAGUUAUAUUUGAACGAUCAUUACGUUCAGUUGGAAAUUAUUUAGUCGUAUCAUUGGCCAUUACCGAUUUAAUGGUAGCAUGUUUAGUCAUGCCAAUUGGUGCCAUCUAUGAAGUGACAGGUGAAUGGCGUAUGGGUAUUAAACUAUGUGAACUUUGGACAUUUAUCGAUGUACUUUGUUGUACAACAAGUAUAUUUCAUUUAUUAGCCAUAUCCUGUGAUCGUUUAUGGGCAGUAACAACCGUUGAUUAUAUACAUCGUCGUAAAGCGAAACAUGUUUGCGCUGGUAUUGCAAUUAUUUGGCUAUUUUCGGCCAUCAUAUCAUUGGGUCCGAUGCUUGGCUGGAAAGAUAAUGAAUUUGAGCAAAGAAUUGUGGAACGUAAAGAAUGUAUGAUUUCACAGGAUAUUUCGUAUCAAAUAUUUGCCACUAUAGCAUCAUUUUAUGCUCCAUCAAUUUUAUUAUUAUUACAAUAUUAUAGAAUAUAUCAAGUGGCAAAAACUCGUUUGAAAUUGAAAAAACAACGAUAUCAAUACCGUAUACGAAGACGACCAUCAUUUUAUCGUACACGUAAAGAAUCUGAAUUAAAAGAAUUUCCUCGUGUUACACAUAGAAUAUCGAUUAAUACGAAUGAAGAGUUUUUUAGUACUUCAACUGCCAUUCAACCACCGCCAUCAUCAACAUCUGGUGUUUAUUCAUCAUCAACCAAUACUGAUUAUACUACCAAUACGAAUACGACAACGAAUACAACAUUAUCAACUGAUCAAACAUCUUCAAUCAUUUCAAUUAGUCCACCUGCUAUUAAUACGCUUAAACCGUUACAGACAACGGAACAACAUCCAGCUGUAUCAACAAAGCGUUUUUCUAUAGUUCAAUUUUUCCAUCCACAACCUGUCGAUCAACAAUUCGAUGAUGACUUUAUUGAUGUCGAUAAUGAUGAUGAGGAUGAUGAUGGAAAAUUUUCCAUGACACAUUUUGAUGAUUAUUGUGACAAUAAUGAUUUGCGAUCAAAUGAAACUUCGAUUGAUGAAUCGACAAUCAUAAUAGGAGCUGAACCAACAUCGAAUAUUGUCGUCUAUGUUGAUGAUUAUGGUUCAACAAUAUGUAGUAGCUGUGAUCCAACCGAAAAUUGCAGUAGUGGUAAUGGUGUUCCAUAUUAUCAUUAUGAUGGACAAAGUGGUCGCGGCGAUGGCAAUAAUAUAAUUGCAAAAAUAACCGCUGAUGAUCAAAUCAAUGAAAAAGAUGAAUUUGUUGAUAAUCCUUUUGAUGAGAUUGCUGUCACAAUCAAUAAUGAUGAUGAUUUGAAUGCAAAUGAAACACAAACACCGCCAAUAAUUGAGGAAGAUUUGUUCAAAGAAUGUUCCUCAGAAAGUCCUAUAACUAAUCUGAACACAUCAGAAUUACGAAAAAUUAAUGUUCAUUCAACUUUAUCCCCCACGGUAAAAGAAACGGACAAUCCAUUAUCAUUAACAAUCGGACAUUCAAACAAUCAACAACAACAACAUCAUUAUCAUCGACAUAAACAUCCAUCAACAUCAUCUUCAUCCUCAAAAAAACAUAAACGUCGAAGAAUUAAAAAAUUAAAAUUUAAAAAUAAAAUUCUUCGUUUCGAUAAUAAUAAUGGUAGCCAACAACAACAGAAUGAUAGUAAACAAGAAAGUAAAGCUGCUAAAACGUUAACAAUAAUAACUGGUGUAUUCAUAAUAUGUUGGCUUCCAUUCUUUGUUAUUGCAUUAGUUAUGCCAUUAUGUGGUAAUCAUUGUUAUAUAAAUAGAUAUGCAUUCGAUUUUUUUAUUUGGCUUGGUUGGGCUAAUUCAACAUUAAAUCCAUUUUUAUAUACAAUAUUUAGCCCAGAUUUUCGAAAUGCAUUCAAAAAACUUUCCAAACGUAUCAAAGGCUGAUAAUCAAUUAAUUCGACAAAAUUGUUUGUGAUAUUUAUUUGAAAAAUUAGUUCAUCAAUUCAAUUAGCAAGCAUAUCUCAUUCUCUAUUAUCCGAAUUUG